UUCAAAAACCCGACGCUCGUUAACCGUCGCUAGUCGGUAAACAAAUGUCUUAUUAAGAACUAAUAAUAUAAAUUAAAUCAAUAAAAUAUUAUUAUUAAAAAUAAGUGAAUAAAUUCAAAUAGUGUAUGAAAGUUUUUUAAAAAAAAAAAAUAGUUUUAACAAAAUGAAAUCUUCACGAAUAAAGCCGCCGGUGUCGGCAAAAAAACCCACCCGUCCCCGAAUGCAAACCAGCACCUCCAAGGACCCGGUGCAAGUGUACUGCCGAAUCCGUCCGAUGCAAAAUUCCUCGGACGUGUCUUGCAUGACGAUAAUCUCCGACCGGACGAUAAUAAUAACUCCCCCGGAGUCAGCUGUUAAUUUCCGUAACGUCAACUCCAAGGAAAUCCAAACGACCUUCACGAAAGUGUUCACUCCGGACACAAAGCAGCGGGACAUCUUCAACAACGUGGCUCUGCCACUGGUGGAAAAUUUAAUCCACGGUAAGAACGCUCUUUUGUUUACCUACGGAGUGACAGGCAGCGGCAAGACCUACACGAUGACAGGCGAGCCGCAGGACGGAGGAAUAAUGCCCAGGUGCCUGGACGUGAUCUUCAACAGCAUCUCCAACUACCAGGCCAAGAAGUUCGUCUUCAAGCCGGACAAACUGAACGGGUUUGAUGUUCAGAGCGAGACUGACGCGAUGCUGGACCGCCAGGGGGAGAUCCACGCUGGGCUGACCACCCCCAGGAAGACUAACGGGAAAUUUAGGCGCCAGGACAGUGACAGUGACAGCAACCCGAUGAUUAUUCGGGAGCCGGACGAGUCCCAGCUGCUGACUGUUGAUCCAGACAACGCUUACGCAGUGUUUAUAACUUACGUUGAGAUUUAUAAUAACAGUGUCUACGACUUGCUGGAUGACGACGACCCCAGGUCCAAGACCAUGCAGAGCAAGAUUGUCCGCGAGGAUGGAAAUAAAAAUAUGUACGUCCACGCGGUGACUGAAGUUGAGGUAAAGAGUGCUGAUGAAUCCUUCGAGGUCUUCCAGAGAGGCCAGAGGAAGCGACGGGUUGCUCACACUGCUCUCAACGCCGAGUCCUCGAGGUCCCACAGCGUCUUCACCAUCAGACUAGUCCAGGCACCUCUUGAUUGCGACGGUGAGAAUGUAAUCCAAGACAAACGCGUGAUCUGCGUCAGCCAGCUGUCUCUAGUAGACCUGGCGGGCAGCGAGCGUACCAACAGGACCAAGAAUACCGGACAGAGACUCAGAGAAGCCGGGAACAUCAAUAACUCCCUGAUGACUCUCAGGUCUUGCUUGGAGAUCCUCAGGGAGAACCAGCUCCAGAAUACCACCAAGAUGGUGCCUUAUAGAGAGUCUAAAUUGACGCACAUGUUCAAGAAUUAUUUCGAUGGAGAAGGCAAAGUCAGGAUGGUAGUGUGUGUCAAUCCCCGGGCGGAUGACUACGAUGAGACCAUCCAGGUGAUGAAGUUCGCGGAGAUGACUCAGGAAGUCCAGGUCGCAAGGCCUCAAGCUACCAAAGUCGACCUUGGGUUCACUCCCGGAAGGAGACAAGCCAACAAAAUCUUCAAGGAAGCUCGCAGUCGCUUGGAAAAAGAGGGGAGAGACGUUGCUGAUCUGGAUAUUGAUCUAGGACUGGUUUACAGUCUCGGAGGAGCUUUUCCUGACUUUGACCUCACAAAUCCUCACGAUGAUAAUAUUAUUACAACUUUAAUGCAAUUCUUGGAGCAGAGGAUCAAUAAAAGGAAUUUACUCCGUGGAGAUUUGGAGAAAAAACAGAACGAGUUUAGAAAAAUGCUGCUUACAUUAGAGCAGGAUAAUAAUUUUUAUAAAAAUGAAAAUGUCUCGCUUAAAGCAGUGAAUGCUCAGCAGAAAAAAACUCUUGAUGCUUUGGGGAAUCAUAUUAAUAAAACAGAGAGUCAGAUUAAUAGUUUGUUAAGAAAAUUAAACAGCGCUAAUGAAACUAUCAAGGGUCUCCAGCAGGAGUUAAGAGACAGAGACCUGGCUUUGAACCAGCGGUUGAUUGACAAGCAGAAGGUCAAGCAGAAAUACAACACCAAGAUCCAGAUGGAGACUGACAAAAUGAACAGAGAAUUGGAGAUCAGGCUCAAGCAGCAGAGGCUCCACUUGCACAACCAGAUGAAGAACCAGGAUGAGAAGCUGAAGAAGGUCAAGCAGAUCCUGGACAAUGAUGGCAAUUUUGAAGAUCAGAAAGAUGGGAAGGAGGUCAUGAGCGAUGGGAAGGAAGAGGCCAGGUCUAGGAGAGACACCAGGGUUGCUGUGGCUAAUUUGAGACACAGAAGGUCUCAGAGCGCUGAUAGGUGGAUUGAUCAUCGCCCUGGGGCUCUGGUGCCUAUUGGUACUGUCUUGCAGCCACUGAUGAGGCGCAGAAGGAGUGUUACUAAGCUGACCAGUCCCAAGGAGAUCACUGAGGGCGCUUCUAGGUACUGUCUUAUGGCCCAAGAGCAGGACACUGAUGGCGAGUUGGAGACCAAGUUGUACAAAGCGGAUAUCUUGCCGACAAGUGGAGGCGGCGCUCAGGUUGUUUUCAAUGAUGUUGAGUGUCUUAAACAACUCUCGCCGACGAGUAAUCGCAAGCGCAGCGGGGUUGAUAGUAAAGAUAAUGCUGAGUUUAAUAAUGACAAUAAGAAGAGACCUAGGGUUAAUAAUUGAGAAUGUUUUUUUAUAUUUUGAUUACUUAAAAUUCUUUGGGAGUGAUCUAAUUUUUUGAACACUAAAACUUGGAAAAAGUUUACAAAUAUGGAUACUUAAAAUGUUUUUAAAAGUCAGAUGGAAAGAACAAGAUGACACUGGUUAUCAUAUCAGAUUAUACUGAGUAUAAUCUGGAUUAUACUAGCUAUUAUCCGAAUUUUUUCACUCAGUAUAAUCUGGGAUUAUACUGAGUAUAAUCUGGGAUUAUACUCAGUAUAACUUGGUAUUAUACUCAGUAUAAUCUAAGAUUAUAUCCUGUGUCAUCUUAUUUUUUCCAUGUACUUAAAUAAAUUUUUAUAUUAGCUAUGUUUAAAUAGUUGUAAAGAUAUUUUUUUUAAAUAAAAUACCAAUUAUUUAUUCAUACGUUUGUUUUAUUUGACUGGAAAUUAAACUUACAGCCCUGCUACUAAUUUUUUUUUUCUUAAAUUUAAAUGUUUCUUCAGUGAUAUUUAUUU